AUGCCGCGGCGAGACUCACCCUUCCUCAAUCCAGGCCCGGUGGCCGAACCAAACCAACUCGCCAUCAUCCAACUUUCAAAGGACGACCUGGUCCCAGUCUAUCUGCGAGAUACCGAGGGCGAACAUGACGGCUAUAAGGAGGGUCAUGUCCUCAACACCCGCUUCGGCUCAUUCCCACACUCCACUCUGAUCGGCGUCCCCUGGGGCUCCCAAGUCCGAGCCUCAAACGUCGACACUGGGUCUCGGGGUCGGAAGAAGAGGAAGGUCAAGGAGGCUGCUGCCGGUGCAACCGAGGCGGGAAGUACAGAACAAGAUUCCGCGUGCCCCAAGAGGAAGAGAGGUGCCAACGACGAGGACAACGGGGAUACCGAAAACCAGAUAGAGGACGAACAAGCCCAGCAAGAAGCGCAAGCUUUAGAAUUGUCGAAGCCUGCUCAAAAACAACAAAGGACCACGACCACGGCCGCUAGGAGCGGUUUCGUCUACAUUCUCCCACCAACGCCUGAGAUCUGGACGAGCAGUCUUCCUCAUCGCACACAAGUCGUCUACACGCCCGAUUACAGCUAUGUCCUGCAGAGGAUACGAGCCCGUCCCGGCUCCAGGCUCCUCGAGGCGGGCUCCGGCAGCGGCAGCUUCACUCACGCCUCGGCGCGGGCGGUCUACGAUGGCGAGGUCGACCCCACUGGCAAGGUCUUUAGCUUCGAGUUCCACGAGCAGAGAUUCGAGAAGAUGAAAAAGGAGAUCACCGAGCACGGCCUGGAGCGGGUGGUGGAGAUCAACCACCGCGAUGUCUACAACGAGGGCUUCUUGGUCGACGGCAAGAGCCCGGAGGCCGACGCCGUGUUUCUAGACUUGCCCGCGCCCUGGCUUGCGCUACCGCACCUGUCAAGGCGUAGGGUCAAGACCGGCUCGGAGGUGGAGGGUGUGCAGACUGGGGCUGAGGUCAACGGCGAGGACGACGAAAAGUGGGUAUCACCAUUGAAUCCCAAGCGGAGCGCCUACAUCUGCACUUUCUCGCCCUGCAUCGAGCAGGUCACCCGUACAGUGUCCGCGAUGCGCAGGCUGGGAUGGGUCGAGAUCGAUAUGGUAGAGAUCGCCCACAGGCGGAUCAAUGUGUAUCGCGAGAAGAUCGGCCUCGACGUGGUCUCUGACCGAGGCGCACAGCAAGCCCCAGGGAACGUCGCUGAGGCACUGGUCAAGCUCAAGGAGAUCGAGGCCAAGACUGCUGAGCACAACGCCAAGAUGUUCGCCGGCAACAACAAGUCCAAGAAGGCCGACGAUGAUGACGACAUGGAUGACUACGCUCCACCGCCUCAGAAGACCGCUCCGCGGGAUAACAGUGCCGAGGAGCCCGCCAGGGAGCCGCCCGUCAAGCCCUUCCUGCAAGGACGCCUGGUCACACGGCCCGAGGCGGAGACCAAGGCACACACGUCGUACCUCGUGUUUGCCGUCCUGCCGCGCGAGUGGACCGAGGAGGACGAGGCUGCAGCCGCCGCCCGUUGGCCCGUGGGCGACGAGCAGCCGCCAAAGACCAUCGGGGCCAUGGACCGGGCGUCCCGCAAGGCGCAACGCCGGGAGAUGAUGGCGGGCAACAAGAAGAAGAACGACAAGCUAAAGGGCUCGCACGUCCCUCACGUUCAGAGUCUCGACUUGACCACCGAGAAGGCCAAGUCCCAGGCGCAGGAGGUUGUGGCUGAGAAGAUCGUGGAGGAUGCUGAACGGGAGGCCGAAGGGGCUUAG